AUGGCAGUGAUGGCAUCGUUCGUGUCCGUCGCGGUGUCCAUUCUUUACACGCCGGUCCUACUUUUGAUAUUAUGUGUUAUUUUCCUAGCUUCAAUCGGCAAAUCUUUAGGUGUAAGACGUCUGUACGUCAAUAUAUUGCUGAAACUGUUCGAGUACGGCAGACAGCACAUUGAGGUGGCGAAGAAACUCCAGAGAUCAGAUAGUUCUGAUGAAGAGGAGCAUCCAGGAGCCGGGGAUGAGAGGCCGCCCUCCGCACUUGUUAAGGAGAAUGGAAUAAAUGGUACCAAGAUGAGUGUGAUAGAGAGGCAGGAGAUCCUGGGCCCGUCUCCGGAACUGAACUACAAGCGGACCCACAGCCAGGAGAGGAUCUCCAACGGACAUAGGGUCCUUAAAGCUGAGAACGAGCUGGAGUUCCACGUGGACCACUGCAUGGACCUCAUGAAGGCAGGCGUUGAGGCGAUCAUAGAAGACCAGGUGACCUCCGUGUUCGAGGCUGAGGAACUACGGAGCUGGAACCUACUCACUAGGACUAACAGACAGUACGAGUUCCUAACCUGGCGCCUCACCAUUAUCUGGGCGAUGGGGUUCGUGGUGCGAUACCUGUUCCUGUUACCACUAAGGAUACUCAUCUUCAUCAUCGGGGUUCUAGCGACCAUAGCGUCGAUGUCCGUCAUCGGAGCCCUGCCUCGUUGUGGCGCGCGCUCCGCCAUCGGCGCGGUGGCUUAUAAGAUGGCCAUGAGGAGCCUCGUGCGGUGUGUCUCAUGUGUUACAAACUUCCACGACGUACAGCACCGGCCGAGAAGAAACGGCUUCUGUGUGGCGAAUCACACCAGUCCUAUCGACGUGGCUGUACUUAGCGUGAACGAUUGCUUCUCCCUGGUAGGAAGAAAUGAAGAAAAUACACGGGAUAUAUAUGUUUGUGAUGUUCUUGUGUACGUUUUUGGAGAUGCAGGUGUUCCAGCUCAAAGGGGAAAUGUGUGGUGGCUGCUCGCGUGCACGGCGGCGGUGGGCUGCCUGCCGGACGGGCGCGUCAAGCAGCGCGUCAACAGCUCGCUGUCCCUCAUGUGCUUCAACUUCCUGUCCCGCUGCAUCAGCGCGGUGGUGUCGUACCACAGCCCGGAGCUGCGCCCCCGCUCGGGCAUCUGCGUGGCCAACCACACGAGCCCCAUCGACGUGUUGGUGCUCAUGUGUGACAGUCGCUACUCGCUGAUCGGUCAGCGUCACGACGGGUUUCUCGGCAUCCUGCAGCGAGCUCUGGCGCGCGCCUCGCCGCAUAUAUGGUUCGAGAGGUCGGAGGUCAAGGACCGACACGCGGUCGCCAGGAGGCUGAAGGAGCACAUCUCAGUUCCAGACAACCCGCCCAUCCUGAUCUUCCCCGAGGGCACGUGUAUUAAUAACACGUCCGUGAUGCAGUUCAAGAAGGGCAGCUUCGAGGUUGGCGGCACCAUCUACCCGGUCGCCAUCAAGUACGACCCCCGCUUCGGCGACGCGUUCUGGAACUCGUCCCGCUACGGCAUGCUCCACUACUUACUGAACAUGAUGAGCUCGUGGGCGAUCGUGUGCGACGUGUGGUACCUGCCGCCCAUGACUAGGAACGACAACGAAACGGCCGUGGACUUCGCUAACAGGGUGAAGGGAGCCAUCGCGAGGAGGGGCGGGCUCGUGGACCUCAUGUGGGACGGGCAGCUGAAGAGGAUGAAGGCGAAGAAGGAGUGGCGCGAACUACAGCAGGAGGAGUUCAGCAGACGACUGAAGGGAGAGUGA